AUGUCGUUACAUCUCAAACUCUCCAUCUGCUGGUAUCCGACAAAGUGUUGUUCAACAUCCUGUGGAGUCAAUGACUCGGACAUUUUUCAGUGUAGCAAGGCCAGAGGAUGGGCCGAAUAUUACUACGACGAGCAUGUUUGCGACUGCUGCACACGACGCCUCGAGCACAGAGAAGAAGAACAAGAAGUGAUAAUACUAGAAGAAGAAUCUCACGUGGAUGUCAAAGAGAAGAAAGAGUCAAAUGCUCAGAACGAGCGAAAGCGCAAGAGGGAGGAAUGCAUCAUCAUUGUGGAUAGUGAGGAUGAGGAGCAAGAGCGAACAGCCUCACAGCAGCAAGGCGUUCAAGUUGCCUCCAACAUUAUCAACGUCGAGCUGGGCGACGUGCAGUCGGUUGACUCCAGUCUGGAAGUCAUUGACCCUGACCAAGUACUUCUCACUGAGGUAUCCGGCGGUCACGGCCAAAAGUCUGCGGCUGAGUGCCGCAGUGCCGGGCUGCCUCCUGAUUCGCCGGCUGAGCCUGAACCGCUGACCGGGGGCUCCGACGCCGCGUCAGGACGCCGGCCCGGCCAGUCGGACGGGCCGGGGGCCGGGCCCGGGGCAUGUUAG